ACAGUCUGUAAUAUGAGGCAAAGCAAAAGUGAAAGCAUCUCAGAGCACCUAUAGCCUAUUCAUGUCAAAGCUCAACACAACAAUCGGAUUAAAGAUGGAGAACUACCAGUACGCUGUGUUUUUUAAGGCAAAUAAUCUCUCUGAUGUGGAAGUUAAACAAAUACACAAAUACUUUAGCAUCAAGAGAAGAUCAGGCGGAGGACAGUGUGAGAUCAACAAUGUGGGUGACAACACCUACAACAUACGUUUCAUAAACAAAGAAGCUCAGGAAAGAGUACUAGGCCGAAAGGAUCAUGUCAUCAAUAUAUCCGGACAAGAGGAGAUCCAUGUUUCAUUAAGAUGUGACAAUGUUCCCGAAAGCAGCAAACAACCCGAAGCAUCUGCUAAUCAGGAAUGUGCAAGUGCUAAAAGUAUGGAGAAAGUUUUUAAACUAGACUCUUAUCUAUUACGCUACCUCACUGAAUGUCAAAAGGCGAAUUCAGACUUGGAGAAAAAACUCUCUUUGAUCUCCAGCACCUUCAAGAUCCACAUUGACUCUGAAGAGGUUGUGGUGGCGAGGGACCCGGCAGCUAAAGACAAUUGUCCUCUGAAGAAAUGGGAAUUUGCAGUCGACCAAGUGUUCGAGACUUUAAAGUCACGCUAUAAUGUCUACUUUGAGGUUGAUAGGAAAAAAUCUGAAAUUUUGGAAGAACACCAUUACCUCUCUGGUGACAACUUAAAAAUCUAUUGUGAAGAAGACACGUUUUUAGCCGUCGUGGUUGGAGAGUGGAAACAAGUUGAGAAGAUUUUAAAAUUUGUAAGUGGCUUGCAUGAUCAACAGCAAAUUCAACAAGAGUGUCGAGUGUCUGAAAAGCAAUUUGCCCUCAUCAAAGAGAAGUUUGAGUCAUACAUAAAAUCUGAUUUACCUGCGCUUAAGAUUACACAGGAAAAAACAGACGUUCUCCUUUUGAAGGGUCCUGAGGAAGAGGUUUGUGCAGGUGAAAAAGAGCUUUUAAACUUAGCAAAAGAAAUCAAAGAGAAGAGGAUCCUAUCACAUCGUCCUCUUAUGACCUUCUUGGAAUCAAGUGGCGGUAUACAGCACUUCGAAAACCGAUUUCAACAGAGCCUCCGCAGCCCGGUUAUGCUCAAGACUUCAGGUUCAGAUCUUCUUCUGUUGAGUUUGUCUGACGGAGUGCUACAGGAGGCAGCUGCUGCUGUGCAGAGAGACCUGUGUUUGGAGACCGUGCACCUGAAAAACACUCAAAAGUCAGCUGCGUUUAAUACGCUGAAGGAGGAUUUGAGUAAAGCCGUCAAGCAGGCCAAUCGUGACAGUGUUAAAGUGGAGCUUAAAUACCUGGAUGAAUCAAGUUCUGACCCCAAAGUGCAAAUGGUGGGCUACACUACUGAAGUUAAUAGGCUGAAAAACAUCGUGCUGGAAUACAAAAUAAACCAUCAGAACCAUCAUGACUCCCUGCCUCUUCCCAGGCCAGAAAUGGCAGACCACUUCCCGGAGAUCUUGUCGAUGGCUGGUGUAAAGAAGAGUGGUGUGGAAAUAAAGCCAACGAGUUUUCCUUCCCCAUGCGUCCACCUCACGGGACCUCGUUGCGAAGUUGAGAGUUUGAAGGACAGCCUUGAGUCAUUUCUUCACAGUCUUGUCACUAAACAAUUUGAGGUUAAAGGACCUGGAGUUCAACUAUUUUUUCGAAGUGAUGGUGCAGAGACUUUGAAAUUAGUGAAGAGUUCUUAUAUGGUUUGCAUACUGCCCAUUGAUGAUGGGCGUAAUAGAGGUAACGUGCCCAUAUACAUGAAUACGGGUUUUCAGAGCUUGCCAUCUGCUGCAUCUGCUGCAUCUGCUGCAUCUGCCCAACACUCUCUGGACUUUGAGAUACACAUUAAAGUUGUGGUUGGUAGUCUUGAGCAACAACAGGCCGAUGUGUUUGUUGCACCGAUGAUAAACACAAAUUUGACCUCAACCUUGAUUGGAUCAUCCCUGCUGAAAAAAGCAGGACAGCAGCUUCAGACUAACUUCAACAAUGCCAAGGGAAAACGCACACUUACUCCUGGAGAUGUACUGGAGGUAGAUGCGACACCAGCGUUGGGAUGUUCAAAGGUUUUCUUCAUAGAAUGUGUGCCCAAAGGAAAAAACCACAACAGCGAAAAAGCACUUCGCUGCGGACUUGGCCGAGUUUUUGCACUAUGUGAGCUGAAUUCCUGGAGUUCAAUUGCACUGCCAAUAAUCGGACCCGGCAUAGUGCUAUCGAUACCGGUCAAAGAUGCCGUUAAUAUUCUUACUCAUGAGAUCUGCGGAUUUUUAUCUCGAUCCACUGGUUGCCUGCAGACCUUUUGUAUCGCCAUAAUGCCUAAUUACGCUCAUUCUGAGGAAAUGUUCCAGACAGUCUGUGCGGAUCUGAGUGCAAAAAUGGUGGACAACACAGGACAAGCUCUGUUUCACUCACUGACCUCUGACCUUGAUGAGAUCAUCAUGCCAGUAGAUAGGGUUGAACUCCAUCUAGUGUUUGGUGACAUCACCAAUGAGACUACUAAUGCCAUUGUGAACACCACUGACUUUAAGGACUUCCAGACAAGUGGAGUGUGUAAAGACAUCCUCACCAAGGCAGGACCUCAUGUCCAGGGUCAACUGACAGGGGCUCAGGUACCAAGUGGACAAAUCUUUACAACCCCACCAGGAGGAUUCCCAUGUAAGACAAUCAUGCAUGUGUGUGGAGAGAGGGACACCGGUGUUAUCAAGACCUUGGCAAAAGAAAUAGUGGUUCAAUGUGAGCGCAGCCGCUACCAGUCUGUGGCCAUUCCUGCUAUCUGCGCUGGACAAGGAGGUUUGGAUCCAAAUGUGGUGGCCAAGUCCAUUCUAGAGGGAAUAAAGGAUGGUGUUCAAGGAGCGAAUCUUCAAUAUCUCAAAACUAUUCGGAUCAUUCUGCUGAAGAUUAAUGUUUUCCUGGAGUUUAAAGCGAUGGCACAGCAAAUCUUUGGUGGUAAUACACAGUUGACAGCUCCUGCACCACUUGUACCUACAAGCAUAACCUCCAGAGGGCGCAGUAGAUCGACUUUCUCAUCCAGAUCCCGAUCACUUUCUGUACCACACUCUAUUGACUUGAGUUCUCUAGUCACAGCUUUGCCAGUCACAGACAACACAGCACCAUUUCUAGUCAUUGGUCACACCAGUAAUGAAGUAUCUGAUGCCUGCAGAGAACUUCAGCGGGCUUAUGACAGCCAAUGCUCCACACACUCCUUCCACACAGAGGAGACAGAACACUUUACUCUGGAUGAGAUGGACCAGCUGCGCUCUAAAAUCAAUUCACUGCACCUGCAGCUGGAACGGAUCAGCUCUGGAGGAUGGGUAGUGAAAGGGCUGAAGGAUGGUGUGAAUGAGGUAUUCAGACUGAUACAAGGUGCACUUCUCAGACAGGUAAGAGAGAAGGACCAGACAUCCCUCUUCACUCAAGUCACGUGGUGUAUUCUGGGACCACGGGGUGUUUGGCAGAAGGUUCCUAUAGAGGUGAAUUAUAAGCUUGAGAGAAAUGAUGUGAAAGAUGGAAUUGUGGAUGCACAGGGUGUGAAAUGGACUGUGGAUUUGAGAAAGAUGGAGGCCACAGCAUGUGAUUCAGGACAAGUGACAGCUCUCAAACGACUGGAGAACCUUUCAGAUUUCUCUUUGCCCAUCAACUGGGACAACAUGAGUCAAGAUGAUCAUUUAAAGGUGAUUGCUUUAGAUCCACAAUCUGCAGAGUACCAGAAUGUGAAGGCAGAUUUCAAGAAGACCGUCACAAAAACAGUGCUCAAGAUUGAGCGCAUCCAGAACAUGAAUCUUCGGCGGUUAUAUGAAGGACGUAAAAAAGAGCUGGAGAGCAGAAAUGGUCUCACUGUGGGAGCAGGAGAGAAGACCCUUUAUCACGGCACAUCAGAGGUGUCCUGCUCAUCCAUCAUGAAGUCAAACUUUAACCGCAAUUAUGCUGGGCAAAAUGCCACCUACUUUGGUCAUGGGACAUACUUUGCUGUGAACGCCAGCUACUCUGCCCAGCCUACCUAUGCAGUUCCUGCAGCAGACGGGACUCAGCUCAUGUUUGUGGCUCGUGUGCUUACGGGUCAUUAUGCUCAGGGUCAGGCGAACAUGAAGACGCCUCCUGUUUCCGUCGCACCUGACCAGUAUUAUGACAGUGUGGUGGAUAACACACAGAAUCCCUCCAUGUUUGUGGUUUUUCACGACUGCCAGGCUUAUCCAGACUACCUCAUCACGUUCAAAUGAACUUCAACCAAAACAAGCCUUGGUUUGUUCCCUGUAAAGUCAACCAGAUGAGCUCUGGAUGAAUUAUAAACCCUUACUAUUUGUUGGAGCCAUUUAUAGUUGGUUUAACAUUUAGGCUAAAUAUAAUCACCUUUUAUAAUAACCAAACCUUUUAUUCAAAGGUUAGAUUCAGUUAUCAUAUAGCAGAUACCUCUUUAAGCUUUAUAUCUACUCAUUGGAUGUGAGUGUUUUAGUGACCAAUAUGACUCAAUUUACACAAUUUAAUGAUAGCAAAUGUUGAAAUUACAAAAACGUAUGACAGCAGAAAAAGUGCAAUAUCAUUUGACAAAGCUGUCUGUAGUUUAUGGAACUGCAAAUGAAAUACUUAAGUAAAUUGCACAUAGUCGUUGUCUGACUUGUGCAAAACACACAUGUGAUAAUUAGCUUCAGGCGAUUGAUUCAUCACUCCAGUAUAAAAAAAAAAAAGGAAAGUUUUGACAUUUGUAUUGGUUAUAUUCCUUAUUGCAUAUUUCUUUCUCAGUUCCCAUGUCUCCUUCAGGCUCCUCACUAUCAUGAUGAAAUCAUUUGACGUUGUUUUGGAUGAAAUGUCGGAGUUUGCAUAAUUCUCUAAAACAUUAACUGGAAGCGAAAACAGUCUAUAGCAGAAAACAGUCUAUAUUGUAACAGAAGAAGUUGUUUUCUUGUAUUAUUUAACUCAAUUUCUAUUUUUCUUUCAUUUUCUUAAAUUAAUUUAGCUUAUUAAUCUGCAGAAUGAAUUAAUCAACCACUAUUUUAUAGAGGUAAUCUCCCAUUGACCUGUAAGCUUUAAAAAUGUCUACAAUUCUAAAUCCAUCUAAUGGUGAUGAUGGUUGCGAUAUUUGCAUACUGAAUUGUGAUUGGUUUUUGCUUUCCUGUCUUUACAGCACUUAUCACUAGCACUUUGUUUAAAGUUGAGUCACUUGUUAUACUGUACUUACAUGUACAAGAACAAUAAAAUCUUUAUUGAGAAUGAUAAAA